AUGACUAUAAAAAAAAUCCAAGACCUAGAUCCUACUCAUCCUUUAUUUAAAGAUGCAGCUUUAUUUAUUAGAACAAUUGAUAAGUAUAAUGGAAAAAUUCAAGAAAAAGGAAAUCGUAUUAUUGAUAAACUAUUACGAUUCUCACAGGAGACCCAACACUCAAAAUUGAUUCUUUUGGGUUUACUUAAAUUCAUUAAUUCAGAAAAAUUUAAAUAUGAUAAAGAAGAAAUAUUUGAAGAAUUAAAUCAAGCUUUAGAUCUUACUCUAGAACCUCAAAAACUGGUUCACUUGACCGAAAAUUUUUAUACUUGUGAUUUUAUUAAUGAAUUUUCCUUAGAAAUGAGAAUAUCUGUGAUUUUAGAAGAUUUACGUCAGAAAUUACUUAAAAAAAUAGUAUCAGAUGAUACCGAACCAUUGGAUAAUUUCAAUUAUUUGGUAAAGAAAGUAGAAAAAGAAUUAGGAUUGAUAAGAUCAAAAAAUACAAAGAAUUUUCGAGAAUCU